AAAUUUUACAAUCCCUAACCCUACAUCUUCUGGCUCAAUUUUGCCCCAAUUAUUCCCCGUUUUGCCAGAAUGAUUUUGCAUUCUUCAUUCCAUCAAUAACAGGAAGGAUGAAAAUGGCUUCAAUUUGGACUGCGCAUGUUCAUGCGGCGUGUUUACUUCCUGUGCGAAGUUUCUCGGAUGAACUUCAAUUGCGGUCGGUAUUAGGAAUGGGUUGUAAUUUUGCCAAGUGGGAUCGAAGAGUUAUGUGCAGGAAGUUUGUGGUGAAAGCGAUCGGUUCUGAUGACGACAGGCGCCUGCAAAAUGACGCCGCGGUUAUGGAGAAGUUGGUGAAAGAUAAUGCAGAGAAAUCCCAGCACCAUGUUGUUGCUAAAUUGCAAGAGUCAAUUGCCUCUCUGCCUGUGUUUGUUUUCUCGAUUGGGAAACUAUCUGGUAUGAACUUUACAAUUGGAUUAUGCAUAGUAGCGACCAUGUUAGUUGUUGUGGUGAGGGGUUAUGCAUCAAGGAGGUCAAGUAACAGCCGUCCGGGCUCUGUAGCUGAUCUUGUCCGCCGGGGGCAGCUUAGAUCAGAUAGAAGAGGCAUAUCCACCCCUCUCAAAUAUGAAGAUCCAUUCAAUAACCCUAUGGUGAAGGUCAGCAAAAGCAAUUCCACCGUUGAGAUGUGUGGAAAAGUCUACCGCUUAGCUCCAGUGACUCUUACAGAUGAAAUUCAGUCAAUACAUCAAAAACGAAGAUCCCGUGCGUAUCAGUGGAAGAGACCAACAAUAUUUCUUAAGGAAGGAGAACCAAUACCUCCUGAUGUAGACCCUGAUACCAUCAGGUGGAUUCCUGCAAAUCAUCCUUUUGCAACAACUUCUAGUGAUAUUGAUGAAGAUUUGGCUCAAAACAAUGUGUACCAGAAGCACGGAGUUCCAUUCCGUAUCCAGGCAGAGCAUGAGGCACUGCAGAAAAAGCUUGAAGCCCUCCAAAAUGAGCAAAAACUGAGCAAGUUAGUUAUAGAUCCUGCUGCAGCCCGAGACUUUGAGAGGCCUCUGAAGUUACAUAAGUCAGAAAAUCAAGUAGAUACAACCUCUAAUCCUAAACUGGGCUCUAACCCUCCUCCGACCGAUCACAUUAAUAAUCCCUUUGGGAAUAAACCACCAUCAGACGAGAUGCAAAACCCAUAAGUUCUGUUGCCUGUUUGAGAAGCCAAUGCACUAUGGAAUGGCAGCAACAUGUGAAAUUUUGGGUUUCAACCGAGACUACGCAACAUCAUCGUUUAAUUGAGUCUGCAGGCCAACUCUAAGAGCCAACUAAUGGUUGAAGCUGCAAAGUUUCAAGGAGUGAAACUGGAGUUAAUGUAAAUAGAGUUUUGUUGUUUCAUAGUCAUGUUUUUGUAGGUCCAUCAUCAAUUUGUUGUGUAGCUUUGUCAUUUGCCCCCUUUCAAAUCCGAUUCAUUUCAAUAUAGAUGCAACACUCUGACUAGUUAAACGUUGUACACUUGCUUCUGCAGGCGCAUUUUGUUGUCACUGUAUUUUUCUCUAAUUUUGGCGUUUGUGCUAUCUAUCUUUCUAAAUUUCAACUGCAA